AUGUACGGGCCCAACCACCAGCAGGGGCAUAACUCGCGCCUGAAUGGCGUUCCUGGGGGCCGUGGCGGCAUGCCUCCGCAGAUGAUGUACAACUUUGGCCAGCAGCAGGGCCUCCAUCAACACCACACGCACCCCCAGCAGCAACAUCAUCAGAACCUUCAGCAGGACCAUGCAGGCCACAGUGGUGGCUCCAGUGCUCUCAACCACUCGGGCUUUUCCUCAGGCAUCAUAUCCAAUGUCACACCAUUCACACCUAGCAGUCAUCAGAAUGGAAACACCCCGGGCUCGCGUGCUGGACCGGUUCAGCACACGUGUGAGAAUUGGAACGAGCAGUUGAAAUCCCACAAGGAGUCCGAGCGUGCACACCAGACCAUGACCGAACAAUUCCAGCCACAUUUCUUCGCCAGGCUACGGUCAAAUGAGAAUAAGGGCCUCAUGCCGGCCUUGUCGAAUAGCAAUGCGGCUGAAUCAUCGGUAGAUGGAGAUUUGGAGGAUAGGGGGAAUCGCCCCGUUAAUGUCGAUAAGGCGUGGGACAGACAAGACUGGCUGAACAUUGACUUCAGUGGCCAGGGCCUCAAGAAUGUCUCUGCUAUGCUCUUUGACCACUACGCCUUCAUCACCGAACUCUAUCUUGCUUCCAACAAUCUAACCUCUCUUCCCAAUACCAUUGGACAGUUGCGAUCGCUAAGGUUGCUGGAUCUCUCCCAUAACCAGCUCAGUGAACUACCUGCAGAGCUGGGCAUGUGCACUCCUCUCCGUCAGCUGCUAUUCUACGACAACCAUAUCCAGGACAUACCCGAUGAGCUUGGUGCCUUGCAUUUCUUAGAGCUACUCGGGGUUCAGGGCAACCCCCUGAGGAAUGACUAUAAGACGAAACUCAUUGAGGAUGGCACCAAGGAACUGAUCAGCCACCUCAAAGAGAAUGCGCCAGUCCCUAUGCCCCCUAACCCAAGGAUGCCUAUCACGAUUCAAGAGGACGUGGGGUCAGAUAAGGAGCGGAUUCGAGUGCUAUCGUGGAACACCCUGUGUGACAAGUAUGCCACCAGUACACAAUAUGGAUAUACCCCGUCCAGCGCAUUAUCCUGGGAGUACCGGAGGGACAGUAUUCUCCGGGAAUUCCUCGAGAGAGACCCCGAUGUCCUCUGCUUGCAGGAGACUGCCAUGGAUGCCUUCGAGACAUUUUUCGCGCCGGAACUCUCCAAGCGCGGUUAUCGGGGAGUAUUCUACCCGAAAACCCGUGUCAAGCACAUGACAGGCAAGGACCAACAAGCCGUCGAUGGAUGUUCCAUCUUCUUCAAGAGCGACAAGUACAUCAUGUUGGACAAGCAGCUAGUGGACUUCAGACAAACAGCCAUCAACCGCCCAGACAUGAAGUCGGCAGAUGACGUCUUCAACCGAGUCAUGCCCAAGGACACUAUUGCUGUCUACUGCUUCUUCGAGUCGCGAUUCACGGGCAACCGAUUCAUCGUCGUGAACGCACAUCUGUGCUGGGAAUCGUACCUGGCUGAUGUAAAAGCAGUGCAGACGGGGAUUCUGUUGGAACUGGUUACUAAACAGUCCGAGAGGUACACCAGGAGGCCGCCCAUGACGUUGGAAGAGAAGAAAAUACUCCGGCCUAGUAUUCCGGAAGACGCAGGGGGUAUACCUCUAUCGGAAUAUCCCGAUCCAGCACCCAGUCAGGAGUACAGGAACAACACGGAUAUCCCCCUAUUCGUGUGUGGCGACUACAAUUCCAUGGCUGAUAGCUCUGUUUAUGAGCUGCUCGAAAAGGGCCGGAUACCACCCGAUCAUCCGGAUUUGGUCGGACAUUCCUACGGAAACUUCACACGGGACGGCAUUGAACAUCCCUUCAGCUUGCGAAACUCAUAUGCCCACCUCUUCGGAAGCCAAGACGAGCUAUCAUUCACCAAUUACACGCCCACAUUCUCGGGUGUCAUCGAUUAUAUCUGGUACACUACCAAUACACUAGAUGUCGUUGAGCUACUUGGCCCACCGGACUCGGAAUACCUGAAGAAAGUGCCGGGAUUUCCGAAUUACCACUUCCCAGCUGAUCACAUCCAGAUCAUGGGCGAGUUCGUCUUCAAGUCUCGGAAAGACAAGAAAGCUGUUGAACAUCAGGAACGGCCAGGUGGCUCUUCUAGGAAUUAG